GGAAAUUCCCACAAUGCACUAAUUAUCGCCAUUUCCACUUUGGAAAAUUCAAUGGAUUUGUAAAGUGCUGAACAUUUUUGUAUAAGUAGGUUUUAAAUAUUUUUUUCUGGCAACUAUUUGUGAUAAGGAAAACAAGAGACUCGUUCUGGUGGAUUAUACACCGAACCUAGAAGAAAAAAAAAUAUUCAGAAAAAGAGAUCAAGAUGUCAAAGGCAAAGACACAACAACCACAGGUUAUACACAAAGUCAUUAUGGUAGGGAGUGGAGGUGUGGGAAAAUCAGCUCUGACCCUACAGUUUAUGUAUGAUGAAUUUGUUGAAGAUUAUGAGCCUACAAAGGCAGAUUCCUACAGAAAGAAAGUUGUGUUAGACGGAGAGGAAGUGCAGAUUGACAUUUUGGACACGGCCGGUCAGGAGGAAUAUGCAGCAAUCAGGGACAAUUAUUUUAGGAGUGGGGAAGGCUUUCUGUGUCUUUUCUCUAUAACAGAACAGGAGUCAUUUCAGGCUACAGUAGAUUUUAGGUUAGUAUUCAGUGUUCAC